CAGACGGAUGCAGUUGGAGAAGGGAAAAAACCAAGGCUGAGAAGGUGGCAAGUGAAGCCCAGCCCCGGAGCAGUCCUCACGGUGUCCGUGGCUAAUCCUCAGGCGAGCCAGGCUAGCGCGCCCGGGGCCAAGCGGCCCUUCCCGAGGAGCCCGCGGCUGCCCAAGCCCCAGCCCAAGGGAGUGAUGCUGAGGUUCAACUUCCGCGCCAUGGCCAACCAGACCAGCCUGACGCUGGAUGAGAGAUUCUCGGGGCUGCGGAAUAAGCGGCGCUUUGCAGCGGCGAGGAGCGCGGGCCGGACGGUCACCAUGCCGUAGCGCCGCGCGCCCGGCCCGGG